AUGUUAAAAAUCAAUUUCAAGGAGACUAGAUAAAAUAGGAGCAACCUGAAUCUACUACAAUAGAAAUUCAAAUUUUCAGAGUUGAGAAAUGUUUAAAUCUGGCAUUCUAGAUCAUUUGAAUUACCUUCAAAUUCUAUGCUCUAAUCUAAUCAAUAACAGAGAUAAUAACCCAAAUUUAGAACUAAUCUAAUUAUACCAAAUACAUCAUACUUUCAAUAGUCAGCUAGAAGAUCAUCUAGAUCUGAGAAAGUUGAAAUUGCUGAUGUAGUUUCAACUACAAGUCAUAUUAUUCUUGAGACUCCUACUAAAAAGUGUGUAAUUAGAAGAAUCAGUCAAUAUGAAUAUGUUGGCUCAAAAUAAAAAAGACUUAACAAUCUAGCUCCUUCAAUUUAAGUCUUUUAGCAUUCUAAAGAUGCAGCAGUCUUAAAGAAAAAGAAAAUGAAUAGAUUAAAAAUGCAGUAUAGUAUGAUAAAUAACUAAUUAGAAUUUAUGCAAAGAGCUAAUCAGAAAAAACACUAUCGCCAUCAUAGAAGUAGAAGUGUACCAUUACCAGCAAUUCAAAAAAUUACUCAUAAAAGAGCCAAAACUAAUAGUGAUCAACAAUAUUAAGGUCCUAUCACCAAAUUAGAGCCAGAACUAGAACGAAAAAUCAAUAUGUUACUUUAAAGAAAGAGAAAUUCCCAUCUCAUCUUAAGAAGAAGAACCUGUAUACAAGAACCAAAAAAUAGUGUUUUUGUAUCAAGGGACAAAUUAUUGAAAUUUCAAGAAGUCAUGUCUAAGAAAUUUGUAUUAAAUUAUAAUCUUAUCUUUAAGGAUUAAUAUGAUUCUUCUUGUGAAUCUUCUCCUAUCACUAUAUCUAGACUUUAAUUUAAGAAAACAUAAUUUAGUAAAUUACAAUAAACAAAUACAGAGAAUCAUUAAUACCUAACACCAAGAUUACAUUAUGAAUAAAAUCAUAACAUAUUUGCAAGAAAAGGAUCUCAUAGUGUUAUUGCAUAAUAUGUAUUAGAAAAAACUAAAAAAAAUAAAAAUAAUAAUAUAUUUGAAUAAAAAUUACCAGAUAUUAAUCAACCUAGUUUAAAUGAAUUUAAUUAGUAUUUUCUUGCUUAAAAGAAAAGUGUCUAAAUUGGUAGAACCACAUAAUAAUUAAUUUAAUCUAAAUCUUCAGAUAAUUUACCUAAAUAAAUUCAAUUAAAUAGUAGAUAGAGUUAGUUUAUAAAUAAAUAAUUUAAGAUAAUGAAAUAAGACUCAUAAAUAUGUAAUUCAACAAGAAUUAAAACUUUACCUAGUGAUGCAACACUCUCUAGAAAUAAAAUAAAUUUACAAUAAAAAUUAUGGCCUUAUUUUUAAUGA